AUGGUGGCGACCACUGACUGCGAAAAGUCCAAAUCCAUCUCUGGAAACAAGGUAUCCAAACCACUUAUGGAAAAGAAACGAAGAGCUCGUAUAAACAAAUGUUUGGACCAGUUAAAAUCUCUUCUGGAGAGCUACUACAGCAGUAAUAUUCGAAAGCGCAAAUUGGAGAAGGCAGAUAUACUGGAGCUUACUGUGAAACACCUACGGAACCUCCAAAAGAUCCAGAGCUGCACUGCCACUGCUUUGGACACUUCCGAUUAUCAAACAGGUUUCCGCAGCUGCAUGGCAAAUGUCAACCAAUAUUUGCAGAUGGCAGACAAAUUGAACGGGGGCAACCGCUGGAUGUUAUCGCAGCUCUCCAGUAAACUCUCCCGCUCUCAGGGAAGAGAGGAAGUCUUCAGCAGCGUGGACAGCGGCCCCGGCCCAGCAGAGGAUCAAGUGCAGAGACUUCUUCCAUCGGCAGCUGGACCUGAGGACAGAAUAACCACCACACGUAAAGCCCUGAAACCCUUCAUUGCAAGCACGUGUCCCGUUUUACCGAGUGAAGAAGCACGGGAGUCAUCUAGAACCAAACAAACCGACCUUGUUUCGCCGCCCAGACAAAACACUUCAGAGAAAAGUUCCAAGAUAUCUCUCCCUGUCAUUCACAGGAAUGAAGUCGCAAACAGUCAGCACAUUGUGUGGCGGCCUUGGUAG